GAUGCUGAGAGUCUUCAUGUAAGGUUUGCAGAUGAGGCAGUUUGUAUCGGGCCUGCUGCGUCUUCUGAGUCAUAUCUCAAUAUUCCACGGAUUAUGGCAGCUGUUGAAAUCACAAACUCUGAUGCCAUCCACCCGGGAUAUGGGUUUUUGGCUGAGAAUGCAGGAUUUGCUGAGAUUUGCAGACAGUCAGGUGUGAAAUUUAUAGGGCCUACACCCGAGAUGAUCAACAAAAUGGGUGAUAAGGUUACGGCCAAAGAAACCAUGAUCAAGGCAGGUGUUCCCGUAGUUCCAGGUUCUGAUGGACUACUUAAAGAUGUAAAACAAGGAAUAAAAAUAGCAAACUCUAUUGGUUACCCUGUUAUCCUUAAAGCAACAGCUGGUGGUGGAGGUAAGGGUAUGCGUAUUGUUACAAAAGACGAUGAGUUCGAAGAUGCAUGGCAUAGUGCAAGAAAAGAAGCCAAAGCAUCUUUUACAAAUGAUGGUAUCUACGUAGAAAAAUAUGUGGAAGAACCACGUCAUAUUGAGUUCCAAAUCAUUGGUGACCAACACGGAAAUGUCAUACAUCUUUCAGAAAGAGAUUGCUCUAUACAAAGAAGGCAUCAGAAAUUGGUAGAAGAAAGUCCUUCUCCAUUUAUGACACCUGAACUCAGAGAAGAAAUGGGUAAUGCUGCUGUAAAAGCGGCUGGUGCCAUAAUAGGAAGGGUGGUAUCUCAACUUAAGCAAGAGUCUGUCAAUGUGCAGGACUCUAUAGCCAACCUUACGGCUCAAGUCGACGAAACACUGGGA